AAGAAGAAAAAAGUAUUGAGGAAAGUCAUUCUUUAUUGUUGAGCAUUCCAAUCCCAGCUCCAUAAAUCCAAGCUUCUCUCCACUCAGUUUUUGCAUCAAAUUGAAGAACAAGAAAAUCUCAUCAAUAGAAAUAACAAUGAGGUCUACAUUGUUAGCGCUGUCCUCCUUCCUUGUCUUUGCCUUAGCCUCAACAAGACCAUCAAUAGCAGGUGAUUUAGAUGCGACCGAGGCAGUGCUUGACACUGAUGGCGAGAAACUUAGAGCAGGCACUGAAUAUUACAUCUUGCCAGUAUUCCGUGGAAGAGGAGGUGGGCUUACAAUGGCCAGCACAAGAGACGAAACCUGCCCGCUUGACGUUGUCCAAGACCCUCUUGAGAUAUCAAAGGGUCUUCCACUUACGUUCACCCCUGUGAAUCCCAAGAAAGGAGUCAUCCGUGUCUCGACUGAUCUGAACAUCAAGUUUUCUGCUUCAUCAAUCUGUGUUCAAUCAACAGUGUGGAAGAUUCAGAAGUCUGUCAACUCGGAAAUACAAUGGUUCGUGACAACUGGUGGGGUUGAAGGGAAUCCUGGCAUUGAAACAAUAACCAACUGGUUCAAGAUUGAGAAGGCAGGUGAUGAUUACAAGCUAGUUUUCUGUCCUACAGUUUGUGAUUGCGGAGCCUUAUGUAGAGACGUGGGCAUUUAUAUUCAUGAUAAUGGAGUUAGGACUCUGUCUCUCAGUGAUGCACUGCAACCUUUCUUAGUUAAUUUCAAGAAAGUUAGCUCUUCAAGUUCAUCCUUAUGAGUGCUGCAAAUACUAGGGCAGUGAUGGGAGCAGGCUGGCUAGCUGCUGAUGUCUCUUGUCCUGGCUGUUGGCCUCGCCUUUCUUUGUCGUGAUCACUUUGGGUUCUCCUGAUCUGGCGAUGUAUGCUUCAAUGAAUCCAUGUAUGCUUCAUCAAAUAAUAAUAAGAAUAAUAAUGUGGCUCUUUCUUUUA